AAGGAGUCCCGGUGUCGGUCGGCGUCUAUCGUACGUGUCGGAACCGUUCGAGACAUCUGCGAGUAUAAUUAGAAAAUAUUUCUAUCGAAGGAGAGCGUGCUCUCUCUGGAGUGGCAAACGAUCCUAGCACCAACGCCGAUGGAAGAAAUCACUCUGCUAUCUCGAUAUUUAGACGGAAAGUAUUAUAACAUCUUCAAUAAAGGCGGUUAGAUAAAUUGACAUGCUACGCACAAACUUACCCUCAGCGUCUGCCAUAUUCGCUGUUAGGGGAAACAAUCCGUUACCCUGACAACGCUCAACGGGACACGAAUCGACGGCCAUUAACGCCGGUCUCGUAUACGAACACAUGCGAUCGUACGUGCGGAAAGAUAUUAAAUAAAAACAUAAAUCCUUCGUACACGGGACGGGGAGUCUGGGAUUGACUGCCCAAAUUUAAUAUAAUAUUGAAGGUGUUUCCACUGAAAAUGAUCCUUAAGUCGACUUGAGUUUUCUUAGCGUUCGAAGAACGCGCGCGUAGGUAUCGCAAAUGCCUCGUGGCACAGCCGUCGUUCUUUAGGCGGAAUUUAUUUGGAAUACUCGUUCGAGAACUAGUGGAACGCGGGACGUAGGUUUGCAUCAGUUUGCAAUGUUAAGAAGUGCGGCGAAUCAGGAAGACGGCAAACGGAGCGACGGGCGAGCGAUCGGACGGUCGAGUGCAGGUUGCUGCGGGAGGCCAGAGGCCGUGUCGUCACUGAUCGUAUCUUGGUCCCUCGGAGUGUCGUGUGGUGGCGCGUGGUGUCGCGUGGGCAGAUCUAUUACAAGGACGUUCUCGACACCGAGAAGACUGCGAGACCUGCGACACCGUAGUGCCAGUGACUACGCAGUGACGACACAACGGAAUGGUGUUAGAACCAUCACUCUGAACGAUCCUUCUUCGCGAAAUUCCCUGUCGCUCGAGAUGCUGAACGUCUUGCUGCGAGACAUCACGAAAGAUCAGGAUGCCACCGAGCUGCGAGCAAUCGUAGUUACAGGCACACCUGGGCAAGUCUUUUCUGCUGGUCACAAUCUCAAGCAACUGACGACAGCAAUAGGGACUGAUCGUCAUCGAGAAAUCUUUUCCACCUGCGAGAAGCUCAUGUCCGCCAUCACAGCCUCUCCUGUCCCCGUGAUAGCAGCAGUCGAUGGCUUGGCUGCUGCAGCUGGAUGUCAACUGGUGGCUGCCUGCGAUAUUGCUAUGUGCACCGAAAGAAGCACCUUCUCCACACCAGGAUCAAACUUUGGCAUAUUUUGCUCGACUCCUGGCGUCGCUCUGGUGCGCAACGUGCCGCGAAAAGUUGCUGCGUGGAUGCUUUUCACGGGAUUACCCAUUUCGGCACACGAAGCAUACGAAGUGGGCUUGGUUAGCAAAGUUGUCUCCCCUGAAGAUCUCGCCAAAGAAAUCUCCAUUAUUACGGACGCAAUUCUGGCGAAAAGUCGAUCCGUUGUAACCAUCGGGAAGAAGUUUCUUCACGAGCAGAUCGACCUUGAUUUACCGACGGCAUACAGUCUAGGGACGGAGAUAAUGGUCCAAAGUUUAAAACUAAAGGAUUCCCAAGAAGGUCUCAGAAGUUUUAUCGAUAAGAAGAAACCAGUCUGGACUCAUGGGUACGAGAAGGAACAAUGAGGCCACGAGGGAAGCGGACGCUGCCCGCAGUGACACGAUUCUUCUCUAAUUGUCAACGGAACGUUUCCCGUCUACGUGCCAGUCCGAAGAAACCCUCGUCCUGUAUCUCUGACGCGGUGAACCAUUCGCGAUGACCUGCCUGCCUGCCCUGAUGGGUCUUAUAUAAUUCGUCGAAUAAUCUUUCUUCAACAAGAAAUUUGGCCUGGCACUCUUUUGCGACUACGUGGCUCGUAGAUAACCCCGCCUCGAAAAAAAGACAUGCAUGAAUGACGGAUUAGCGAUAUUGGCAAAAUCAUAUAUAUAUUUACAACUAGGAUGAAGGUUUAGAAUAAAAAACGCAAUUAUAUAAUGCGAAAGUA